AUGAAACGACUGCAUUCGGCGAUCGCAAAAGUUUUCUUAAGCAAAAAGUCAGAAAAUGUCAAAAUCACAAAAAUCAGGAAACGAGGUGUGACAGAAAAUCAGGAAGCUUGGGAGACAGACGUCGAAGAUGAACUGCCGGCUACGGAAGUGCCACUCGACGAUCGUAUCCUCGUGGUGUCCCCUGAUGGCGGGUGGGGCUGGGCCGUGGUGGUCGCCUCGCUGUUAUCGAACUUCGUUGUCGAGGGCACCUUGUACAACAUCGGCCAGAUAUUCCAGCCCAUAUGGAUGGCCGAAUUCAAGACAAACGUAAGCGCAACAGCUUGGGUGGUGUCCAUCACCGUAGCAUGGAUCAACUUCGCAGGCCCAAUUGCCGGCUGCUUGAUCAACAUGUUGGGCUGCCGAAUGGUCGGCUUCAUUGGAGCAUUUCUGACCACGAUUGGAUUCAUCUCCAGCAUGCCUGCCAAGUCAGUUGUACACUUAUACUUCACGUUUGGAUUCAUUGGAGGUACCGGGUUAGGACUUAUUGGACUGUCGUCGAUUAUUGUGGUAAACUACUAUUUCGAGAAGAAGCGAGCGCUGGCCACGGGUAUCGCCAUUUGCGGUUCCGGUCUCGGGACCUUAGCCUUCGGACCGUUAUUGGCGGAUGUGCUAGUAACUGAACUCGGUAGGGCCGGUGGCCUGCGAAAACUGAGCAACGCGAUCAUAAUGAAGGUGAACAGUCCGAUGAACCGCAAGGACAUCUUCUACCGAAGUUCGUCAACCCUGCUGAAACGGCAAAUGUCGGUUCAGGCGUUAGAGGCGAUUGUCGAGGAGCUGACCGAAGAGGAACCGGAGCCGAUCGUUUUCACCAGCACCGUAUGGAACGUACUGAAUCCGUUCAAAAUGGCGUUGACGAAUUUGCUGGACGUCAAACUGGUGUGCAGUCCUACGUACCUGGCGUGGGCCAUUCAAGGAAUGCUCUUCUGCUUCGUGUCGAUGGUGCCCUUCAUCUACCUGCCGCAGAGGGCGGUUCUACAAGGCCAUUCGGAACAGUACGCCACGCUGCUCGUCUCGUGUAUCGGUGCCGUAAACAUCGUCUGUCGAAUCCUGUGCGGCUGGGUCUCGGACAUGCCCAGUGUCAACCCGGUGAACCUGCAAAACCGUGCGAUUCUCAUAGCGGCGACGGCGACCUUGCUCGUUCCCCUCCUACAUUCCUAUUGGCUGUUGAUUGUGUACUGUGUCUUCUUUGCAUUUGGCCUUGAUCAAUCGUUUUAUCUUUUAGCAUGUUUUGCUGUUUUGCGUAGCAUUACAGCCGUUCAGCUGUUUGGAUUAGCAAAAUUGACGAAUGCUGUUGGUCUCUCCAUGGUUUUGUUUGGCAUCGCAGGCUUGUUUGGACCUCCGUUUGCAGGUACGUUUCCUCCACUUUAG